CAGAUGAUGUUGCGAUCGAUCUCUUUUUCCUACUAUCUUCUCAAGGCUGAAGAACACUCUGGCAGGAGUUGGGCUCAUUUGGAGCACCUUCACUUGGAAUACGUACACGUGCAAAGCAGACGAGACGAGCAUUCACCUGAACUGCAGUGCUGUGUGUCGUCUCGCAAACAGACAAACGGAAUGUGCAUCAUAAUUGACUGCAUCGGUUUACCUUGAGCUUGUUUUGGUUGUGUUGUACGAGGGUUUGCAGUCAGCCCAGAAAGUCCGAGCUAUUUCACUUUUCGCCGUUAUACUCUCACCCGGUUUGCUCCGAUUCACUGACAUCACGUCGACCUAGAAUAUCGUGGUGCAAACUUUAAUUCCUCCAGGGGGUUUUUUUGCAUAUACCGAUCGGGGUAUGGAGGGUUGCUCACCUUGAAUCUGUCCGCUGGCAACUGGCGUGUUAUUUUUCUGAACUGGUUUCCGAUUCGGAAUGUAUAUGGGAAGGCAGCAGCAGCAGCAGCAGCAGCGACAGAAAAAUGCCAAAAAAGAUGUCUGACAAUAUUCCCACACAGGCAGACCGACACAGAAAGUUGGCCCUCCCUUAUAAUAGUGGUGAUGAUUCUCUGUCAAUCGGAAUUGUCCCCAUCAGUUGGGUUGUGAUUUAUGGUGACGUCCCACUGGCUAAGCAGGUCAUACCACAUGGUCAAACCCGCGCGCAACUACCGUUGACGACCUUUGGUGGCUUUUCGGCUUUUCGGGGUGGUGCGUUUACGAGCUUUUUGUUAGUUGUAACGGCUAGACAAAGUCCGCAAAACAGGGUGUGCGCUUAGCGAGGAAGAUUAAUCAUCCCGAGACGAUCAAGGUGACCGGGCUGGUUUGUGCCGUCUCCACUUGCUCGAUCAAAAUUCAAACGAUCCACAACAUCACAACAACAUCCAAUGCUUGGUUGGAGUGGUCAUGCGCCGCAUCUAAAUGCAUUCCGUGUUGGCGUAGCUGCUUGUAGAAGCUUCUAACAUGCAUGCAUGUAACGCAUUGCUAAUGCAGGAAACGCAUUUUCCCACCGGGCCCCAGCUGGACCUAGCGGGGCAAACAGGUUCCAGCGCGGUGUGUACAGCCUUCACAGCCCACGGACAGAGACUGUUGGUGCGUAGUGUAGUGCAAAUAGUGACAAAUGUGCCUCGAUUACCCUACCGUGAUGCAUCACCGGUGGUGUUUUUGUGUUUCUGUGCCCGAUGACCGCCCAAGACGUCCUUUCCGGCGAUCGUGUGGCGGAGCUACGUGACAAAGCCAAGGCGAAGGUCACGAAGGGACAGAUCAAAAGUCGUUGCUUUUUCGAUGCGUCCACCUUCGUCGGUGAUGCAUUAUGUGGUAGAACAACCGUCGUACAUUCGGAGUCGGACAUUCCGAAGAUGUUUAUCAAACGAAUGAAGGGCAAGGUUCCGGUCAGGUUUUCUAUUAUAGGGGAAAAAAAUGAAACUCGCUCACAGACGCCUGGUGUUUUUCUGGUGGUACAUUCAUUCAAUAAAAUAUUGCCGCAGGGACAUCGGUGUGCUCGGUGUCCGCGAUUCAUUAGAGCUAAUCGUUGAUCGUGCCUGCGAGCGAUCGGUAGGGCAGGAUCUCGCUAGUCUCACUUUUAGUGGCGAAUGGUGUGAUGGAGUGGAACUAUCAGUAUCAGUGAACAGAUGACGCAACUCAAGAGCUGUUAGGGGGAAAGAAUUAGUAAUAAUUUAUUUGUUUGGACAUCCUGUGCUAGAAGACAUCCAUUUUGUGUAAUGGGUUUGUAGGUUAGGAGUGACAUCUACUAGACCUUCAGAGUCUCUUAGUAGAUCAUGAGGUGUCGCUUGUGGUCCAGAACUUUCCAACAGGCAAACAUCAAACUAAAAAGCCGAAGGAACUUUCCAGCCAAACUUUUUUUACGUCAAUUCAGACUUUGGACGCACCUGCAGACGGGACGGGUGGCAGCUGAAGCUCAAUUUACAUUUAUUUAGCAACAGAACCUGUCCAAAUUCCAAUUUCCAUUUCACCUGACACUGUUCCGUGUGAGUUCCGAAGCAAAAGUCUGGCAAAGGUUCCAGAAAACAGGUUUCUCGCCAUGUUUUUCGAAUGGCAAGCUUGACCAUAAUCAAGAACGUAACAGAUGACUGGAGGAGGAACGAACGCUGGUGGUAUUCGAACACUACUGACGCAGAUUAAACCGACUUUUGUGGGAUUUUAUUUUAUUGUUUUCUUAGUCGGUGUAGAAUCAUCCCCCAAAAAACUGAAGUCACCUACAGUCACCUCGAUGAUGGUGUUCCUGCUGCUGGCCCUUGCUGUCACAUCGCGCUGUGGGCAGGCCAUGGACAACACCUUCUUUCAAACGCUGUUCGACGAAACGAGCGUUCUGUUCAACAACGGAACACCACGCGUACCGGACACGACCGUAUUUCGGAAGGAGUACGAUUUCAUCAUCAUCGGUGCUGGGUCGGGUGGGUCCGUCAUGGCGAACCGACUGUCGGAAAUGCGAGACUGGAGUGUGCUGCUGCUUGAGGCGGGCAAGGAAGGUAACAUGCUGACGGAGGUACCGUUGACCGCGGGUCUGACGAGCAUUACAGGGUACAACUGGGGCUACAAAGCGGAUCCAAUGAAGGGUGCCUGCCUGGGGCUGAAGGGAGGCGUGUGCAAUUGGCCUAAGGGACGUGGCCUCGGUGGUACGAGCCUCAUAAACUUCCUCAUCUAUACACGCGGACAUCGGAAGGAUUACGACGGUUGGGAGCAGGCAGGCAACCCUGGGUGGGGCUUUCGUGAUGUGCUGCACUACUUCAAGAAGUCGGAACGUGUACAAAUCCCCGAACUGCGGAACUCACCGUACCGUUCCACGGCUGGUCCGGUAGACGUGGAAGAGUCAGCGUUUGAGACACCACUACUGAGACGGUUCAUCGAAGCCGGGCGAGAUCUGGGCUACAUGGAGACCGAUCCUAAUGGUGAGAUUCAACUCGGGUUCGGCAAGGCGCAGGCCACAAUGCGCAGAGGACGGCGGUGUAGUGCGGCGAAGGCUUACCUUGUGCCGGCCGCUCGACGACCAAAUUUGGACAUUUCCAUGCACUCCCGGGUGACCAAAAUACUGAUCGACCCGGUAACGAAGCUCGCGUACGGUGUGGAGUUCAUCAAGCGCAAGCGACGGUACGUGAUCCGUGCACGGAAGGAAGUGAUCUUGGCGGCCGGUGCUAUUGCUUCCCCACAGCUGCUGAUGCUGUCCGGAGUGGGCCCGAAAGAUCAUCUGAACGAGGUGGGCGUUCCGGUGGUGCAAGAUCUUCCGGUCGGGUAUAACCUGCAGGAUCAUCUCAACCUGCCCGGGCUUGUCUUUCCAGUCAAUGAACCGGUCACGGUACGGGAGCGUGAUAUGCGUUCCCCACGGUACAUUCUAGAGUACAUGCUUCACGGACGUGGCCCAUUCACAUCGCCCGGAGGUGCCGAAGGUGUCGCCUUCGUAAAGACGAACAUCAGCUUCACACCGUCAGACUAUCCGGACAUUGAGCUGGUGAUGGGCACGGGUGCCUACAACAACGAUGAGUCCGGAACGUUGCGUGCCACGAUCGGAAUAACGGACGAGUUCUAUCACAACACGUACGGUUCGAUCCUCGGCAAGCACGCGUUCUCUGUGUCUCCGAUCCUGAUGCGUCCCAAGAGCCGUGGACGGAUCAUGCUGAAAAGCGCCAACCCGUUCCAUUGGCCCCGGAUGGAGGGGAACUUCUACGCCGAUUAUGACGACUUGGUGGUGUUGCGGGAAGGCGUUAAGCUGACCGUGGAUCUGAUCGAAUCGCGCAGCUUCCGCGGUGUUGGGGCACGGCUGCACAGCACACCGUUCUAUGGCUGUGAGGGGCAUCGGUUCCGGAGCGACGAGUACUGGGAGUGUGCCAUCAGAAGGAUCGGCAGCACGUUACAGCAUCAGUGUGGUACGUGUAAGAUGGGACCAGCCACCGAUCCGGAAGCGGUCGUCAAUGCACAGCUGCAGGUGUACGGCAUACAGGGUUUGCGUGUGGUCGAUGCUUCGAUCAUACCCACCAUCCCGGCCUCGCACACCAACGCGGUGGUGUUCAUGAUCGGCGAGAAAGCAGCCGACAUGGUGAAAGAGCACUGGGCCAACGAAAUUCGCUAAAACACUCCUCUGGCCGCGCUGGGUCAUUU